AUCGGCUUCUCUGAUUUGUCGCUUUCUUUUUGCCAUAUUAGUGCUUCUCGUCUACUCAACUUGUCGCGCGCGUCACUCAGAAGCCAUGUCGGGAGUGUACGAGCAAGCGCAGGAAAUUAAGAAGGCUUCACCAGAGGAGAAAGAGGAGCUGGAACAGCGAGUGAAGGAGGGGGAGACUGUGGUUCAAGGGGGCACCGGAGGAAAGUCCCUCGAAGCACAGAUCCACCUGGCUGAAGGAAGGGCUAAGGGCGGGCGCACGCGUGCGGAGGAUCUAGGGCGGGAGGGGUACCAGGAGAUGGGGCGCAAGGGCGGGCUGUCGACCUUGGAGAGGAACGGCGAGGAGGCUGCCAAGGAGCAGGGCAUCGAGACUGACGAGUCCAAGUACCGCACGCUUCCCAAGGAGUAGGACCCAUGGCCCCAAGCAGCAGCAGAUGAUUGUACGAAA